CAUCACUAGAUAUACAAUUAGAAGAUGUCCUUCAUUAGUAAGACAAAGGCGUACGAGAAAUGGUUGGUAGAGUCAGGUGUGUCCAUUUCCGAGAAAGUGGCCAUAACUGAUUUCCGUGAAGUGGGCCAAGGUCGUGGGAUGGUGGCAGUCGAAGAUAUUGCCAAGGGAGUUGAUCUCUUUACCAUUCCAAGAACAAAACUUCUCAAUGUCAAGACAUGUAGUUUGGUUGUAGAGCGUCCCGAGUGUGUUGAAGCGGUGCUUGCCAUGGACAGCUGGAAGCUGUUGAUCGUGGUGCUUGCCUGGGAAUGGAAAAAGGGUGCAGGCAGCGCAUGGAGCCCGUACUUUGAUGUGUUACCCUUGAAUGAUCCAGUUGAAUAUAAAUCCAACCAAUUGAUGGAAUGGAGUGAACUGGAAUUGAAGAUGUUGGCGCCAUCGUUGGUGGUGGAGAGAAUUGGUAGAGAUACCGCCGAGGAAAUGUAUGACCAAGUGAUGGAGGUCAUCCGUGAAUUGAACCUCAAGGAGUUGGAAAGUUUAACUUUGAAAGAGUAUCACACUGUAGCGUCAGUAAUCAUGAGUUAUUCCUUUGAUGUUACUGAGAGAGAGAACAAGGAGGAAGAAGACGAGGAAGAAGACGAUGACGAGGAAGAGGAAGGAGAUCACCUCAAAUCAAUGGUGCCUCUUGCGGACACUCUUAAUGCAGACACAAACCUUCACAAUGCCAGCUUGGUGGAUUACCCCGAGACCCUCGUAAUGAAAUCAAUGAAGGCGAUCAAGAAGGGUGAACAGGUGUACAACACGUAUUCAGACCACCCAAAUGCCGAGAUUCUCAGAAGGUAUGGCUACGUGGAAGCAAAUGGGUCUACACAAGACUUUGGAGAAAUCCCAUUGGAAACAAUUGAAAAAUCUUUUCCUGCUGAACAAAAGGACUUGGUGACCCGGUGUCUUGAAGUUGCUAAAACCACUUCGCUUGGAGAGGACGACGAUGAAGACGUCGAGCUUGUGAGCGAGGCGUAUGAUUGCUUUGCCACUGGCGAAGUGAUCCCGGAACUUGUGGUUCUUGUCCAGUUCCUUGUGGUCGUUACCAAGAUCAAUGAACAGACACCAGUGAUGGAUGACGCUGGGGAAAUCCUGAGGAUCCUCAAGAAAUGUGUUCAAUUGAUAGAAUCACAGAGAUUGACCAAGGGGUUUGCUGAGAAGUACACCGAGAUCCUCAAGUUGCGCCUUCAAGAGUACCCCGUGGAGGAAAAGGAAGACCCUCCUGUUGACAUCACCACACGGGCAGGAAUGGCCACGGUGGUGCUUCGAUCAGAAAGAAAGUCUCUCGAGACCUGUGCCAACUUGGACCGGGUGUUUGACGAGUACAAAUUCAUCGACGAUGACAAGCUCUUGCGUAGCAUUAUGAAGAAAAGAAGCGGGUCCACCGACCCACAACCCACCAAAAGAUCAAAGAAAUAAAGAUAUAGCUUACAUACAUGUUAUAUAUAAAUAUUCUCUAUUAAACUAAA